AUGCACAAACCCUUGUUUUUGCGCGUCCCACGUGUCCCACGCUGCUGGUCGGGGACACUGAAAUUCGGGUCCCGCGUGUCAUACACACCUCAGUCGACUAUCCUGCUGAGUCCUUUGGCCCAAUCCGUCCGUUUUUCCCCACCCCUCCGAUCCCAAACCAUGGCCACCACCUCCGGCGGCGGGGCUGCCGGCGACCCCGCUGCGUCCUCACCAGCGCCGAGCCAACCACAGCAUCCGACACCCCGCAUCUCUCACAUCGUCCGCACCUACCUCGACCUCUCCUCCAAUUCCAAGAAGCGCCGCGCCGCCCGUAAGAACCAGCUCAAGCCCGGCGGUGUAGAGACUUCCGCCGCCGGAGAAAACAAGGGAUGCGGCCCCUCUGGGGCCGCCUCGUUGGAGCAUUCGCGGCUGCUCCGGGAGCUGGGUAUCCGGGUCUCCCGCUACACGAACGAGGAGCGCCGCGAUAUCAUCACCCGCUACAUGCAGAAGCGGAGCGGCCGCCAGGGCGUUAACCGCGCCGCCGCUAAGGUCCCGUCGAGGCAAGCCCUGGCGGAGCGGCGCCGGAGGAGUGCCGGAGGACAGUUCCUCGGCAAGGAGGACCCGCAGACUGCAGAUAAACCUGAAGAGAAGGCAGAAGAAGAGCCAGAAUUGCCACCAGAAGUUGUUGCGAACGCUGGAGGAGUGCCCAUAAUUGGAAUGGUCUUCGAGAGUGAAGAGAAAGCAUGCAAGUAUUAUGUUAGUUAUGCAGGAAAUGUGGGAUUUAGUGUCCGAAAAGGAUUGUGGGAUAAAACAGCAAAAAGUGGCAGUAGAUCAAGGUUUUAUGUCUGUUCCAGAGAGGGCUUUCGCGCAAAGAAUUUGCCCAAGAGACCUUACCCGGAGACAAGGACGGGUUGCCCUGCACGAUUUUCUAUCAUGUUAACGCCCAGUGGAAAAUACCGAGUGACAGAAUUUGUGCAGGAUCAUAAUCACCAGCUUGCUGGUCCAAUUGAUAUUGGGAUGCUGAAGUCGCAAAGAUUAUUGUCCAAGGUUCAAUCUGGAAAUGGAAAUGCCAUAAGCAUUCCUCCAAGGUACAAGAAUUAUCUUCGGACCAAGCCUACAAAAGAUAUGAACGCAGGGGAUUUCAGAGAUCUUACAGAUUAUUUUCGAAGUAUGAAGAGUGAUAAUCCAUCUUUUUACUAUGCCAUCCAGGUGGAUGAAAAUGACAAAGCUGCUAAUGUCUUCUGGGCUGAUGCAAGAUCAAUCUUCGACUAUCAUUAUUUCAGUGAUGUGAUCUGCUUUGAUAUGACCUACAAACUGAAUGACUACAGCAGGCCACUAGCUUUGUUUUUGGGUAUCAACCAUCAUAGGCAAAUGGUCAUAUUUGGUGCUGCUUUCCUGUAUGAUGAAACGGCUGAAUCUUUCAAGUGGCUUCUUGAGACCUUUAAGAGUGCCAUGUGUGGGAAACAGCCAAAGACUAUUUUGACAGAUCAAUCUGCUGCUUUGAAGGAAGCACUAGACCUCGCUUGGCCUGGUACAGUUCACCGUUAUUGCUUGUGGCAAAUAUACCAGGAUGCAGUUAAGUCCUUGGCGCAUGUUUUCUGUAUUUCAGAAGAAUUCACGCAUGAUUUUAGCCACUGUGUAUUUGAUGUCGAGGAUGGCCAAGAGUUUGUUGAGACAUGGAAUGUGAUAAUGGAGAAAUACAACCUUAAAGAAAACAAAUUGUUAAAUGAGCUUUACGAAGACAGAGAAAAUUGGGCCUUGCCAUAUGGCCGACAAAUAUUCUCUGGGGACAUUAAAAGCAUGGUACGAGCAGAAACCUUAGGCAUAAGGAUGAAAGAAUACUUGGAUUGUGAGAAAGAGCUAUCUCCUUUUUUGAAGUUUUUUGGAAGUUCAGUUGAGAAGAGGAGACAGGAAGAGAUACAAGCUGAUUACCAAGCCAGCCAAAGGGAACCAAGAACACCUCUGCCACUGCUCUGGCAGGCUGCAAACUUGUAUACACCAAUAAAUUUUGAGUUAUUUAGGAAAGAGUAUGAAGAGUGCAUGGACUGUAUGGUUUACGGUUGCGGCGAGUUCGGCUCUCUUUCUGAGUAUAUGAUUACUUUUAAAAACAGAACUAAAGAACAACUUGUGCGGUUUGAUUCAUCAGAUGGCACGGUUGCAUGCACUUGUAAAAAAUUUGAAACUGCUGGAAUUUUAUGCUGCCAUAUAUUAAAGGUAUAUGAACUGAAGAAUGUUAAAGAGAUCCCCCUACAGUAUCUUCUUAAGAGAUGGAGUAAAGAUGCAAAGUUGGGGACCGUUCAUGAAAUCAAUGGGUUUAGUUUUGACAGUCAUAUAGGAUCUUGUGUUCCAGAGCGUUAUGCAGCUCUUUGUCGUUUGUUCUAUAAGAUUGCUUCUAAGGCUGCAGCGAACGUAGAGACAUUUUCAAUGGUCGCAAGCCAGUCGGAUCAACUUAAUGAAGGAAUUGAACGAACUUUGCAAUCAACACUAGCUGCUAAGUCAUCUGUUGUCCAUUCCAUCAAGGAUCAGUUAACUCGUAUGGUUCAAAAUGAUUAUCCUCUUGGUAAUAGCAGCGAGCCUCAGAAAUCUACAGGAAAGAAGAUGAGUGAAGUUACUCGUCGUGGAAAUUGUCAGGAAACCAAUAAAAGGCAGAAACAAAGAAAAGGGCAUUCUGGCGAAGCAGCUGCAGGACCAAGGGAAAGGGAAGUGAAUGUUACGGAUCAGUUCCUACCAGAUCAACCAAUGCAGGGACAUUAUGUACUUGGCCACAACUUUGGUCUUAGUACCUCACAGAACCUUCGUGACAAUUUGAACCAUUUUGAUCAGGCUUCUGCAGUUCCAACCCUGCAACAGCAGCCAUUCCCUGGGAAUGGUGAACUAACCGAAACCCAAGCCUAUACUGGUGACAUGCACGCAUUGCAAUUCAUGGAGACGAAUCCCCAGAUCGACCAUGAGAAUGGAGAGGAGGGUCAGUCGUCGAUACCGGUGUGGGAUUUUCUCUGA